AUGGGGGUGGCUGCACUCUUCGACGCCGGCAAGUCGACGAAGGGCGCGAGCAAGCUGCGGAGGGACCUGAUCAACGCCGAGAUCGCCAACCUGCGGGACCUGCUGCCCCUACCGCCCUCCACGCGGCAGCGGCUGUCCCAGCUGCAGCUCAUGGCCCUCGUCUGCGUGUACGUGCGCAAGGCCAACUACUUCCAGCAAGUGAUGAAGCGGCCCGACGCGCACCUGGACCACACGCCCAACAUCUUCGGCUUCUCCAAGGCACUCAGCGGAUUCCUCAUGAUGAUGACGCAAAACGGCAAACUCCUCUACAUUUCGGACAACGCGGCCGAGUACCUGGGCCACUCUAUGGAGGACCUGCUGAUCCACGGCGACUCCGCCUACGACCUGCUGGACCGGCAGGACCACGCCGGCGUGCAGACGGAGCUGCUGCGCUCCGGGGACGACGAGAGGCUCUUCCUGUGCCGCAUGAACGUGUCGAGGAACGCCCGCCGGCAGAUGCGCUUCGGCGACCAGAAGGUGGUGCUGGUGCAAGGCCACUACCUGUCCUUCGUGCCGCUCUGCUCGCGCAACGAGCCCGUGUUCCUGGCCACGUGCACGCCCGUCGCCAUGCCCGAGACGCGCGAGUGCGUGGUGCAGGGCGCCACCAACGUCUUCACCACCAUCCACGCCAUGGACAUGUCCUUCCUGCACAUCGACAAAAACGGCGAGUUCCAUCUGGGGUUUUGCCGGUCCGAGCUCCAGUCCGUCUCCUGGUACCACCUGCUGCACUGGGACUGCAUGCGGGAAGCGCAGAGCAAGCACCGACUAAUCACCCAGUCCGAGCAGGAGCGCUCCUGCAUCCUGCUGCUCCGACUGCAGCGGCGCCAGGGCGACUGGCUGUGGGUGCACUGCGUGCUGCAGGUCAAGGACAACAUGGACAACAGCCAGACCCCCGUCAUCGUGUGCACCAACCAAGUCCUCAGCGACCAGGAGGCGACCGUGAUGCAGGCCAACAACUGGCUGUACCAGCACUACACCAUGCAGAGCAAGCUGCAGUACGGGCUAGCCAUGGAGGCGCAGGCGGCGCAGCGCGCGUCGCAGCCGCCCGCGCCGUCCACGCCCACGCCCUACAUGUCGCCCUACGGCAUGGACCCCGCCACGCCCUUCCAGCACCACCCUGGCUACAUGCAGCCGCACCCCGCGCCGUCCCCGGGGAGCGUCAUCGCCUACCACCCCCACCCCCACCACCCCCACCACAUCCACCCCCAGCACCACCACGUCAACGGCAACGGCCUCCACCACCUGGAGCAGCAGCAAGUGCAGCACCAGGUGCACGUCCCCAUCCCGCACAACCCGGUGGCGGGCACCGCGCUGCACACCCCGGUGCCGCACGUGUCCGUCGUCACGCCCGCCACCACGCCGUCGUCCAGGAGUCCGGAGUACCCGACGGCGCUGGCGGCGGGCACGCCGACGGGGAUAGCGGCCUCGGCGGAGGAGAUGGCGACGCGGUUCCACUACGGCGGCAGGCACAGUCAGGAACCCGUCGACUACUCCCGGCACACGGGGCCCACGCUCCCGGGCUACCUGCACCUUCACCACGAGGACCUCCAGCUGCACGGCCACCAUCACCACCACCACAGCCACCACGCCGUGCACCACAACGGCCACAAGCGGAAGGCGUCCUCGGCGCUGGACGACCACCACGCGCACCACCACCACCACCACCACCAGCUCGACUCCCGGAGCCCGCCCGAGUCCACGUCGCCGAGGUCGUCGACGUCGCCGCCGCCGGGGCUGCUGCACGUCAAGACGGCCGCCGUGGCGGACCCGGCCGAGCUGAUGGAGCAGUGGAACCCGUCGCCGCCCUGGUCCGACACGACGGUGCAGCGCGUCCCCGACCUGUCCCACCAGGAGCUCAGCCCGUACGUGACGGCCACGCCGCCCACGCCCACGGGCACGCCGGGCUGCUACGUGGCCUCGGCGCACCACGCCGGCACCUACUCGGCCUUCUCGUUCGACCUCACGCCCGAGCAGUACGUCCCGAACGUGGUGCCGGCCGGCGCGCUGCCCCGCCCCCCGCCGGACCAGCAGGACCCCCAGGACCAGCAGGACCUGAUGUGGGCCGAGCAGGCCGAGCGGAGGCUGUUCCCGCUGCACCCGCCGCCGCUGUCCAGGACCGUGGCGACGGGCGUCAUCCUGGCCGCGCCGCCCCGCGCCGAGGACAGCGCGCCGCACAGAUCGCCCGCCACAGACUCACGAGAUUCCGGUGGCAGCGUCUGAAGGGCGUCCUCUCGUCAGUGGCCGCGCCGCCAGCUCGGCGCCACGUAGUCGAUGUGCCGGGCGUCGUCCGUGUAUGACAUAUUGUCAGUAUUGCCUGUGAUUCACGCGAGUGAUCAUGAAAGUGAUUGCGACCGUUGCCAAAUUGCGAGUCCAAGGUCGGCGAGCUCUGCGCGGCAGUGCCGAUGCGCCUGCACUGGCAGCGCGGACGGUGUUCCCAGAAGGCUGCUUCCAAAAACAAGACCGUCGGCACUGCGGCGCGCGAGGCUGCCGAACCCUGGUCGUCUCAAUGUUUGUGAAAAUGUGUUAUAGUACCUUCUGAAAGAUUGCUUAUAAAGCACGACUGUGAUACAGUAGAUUCGGGGCGCGCGCAUCACGCCAAGAACCCUUCCGAAAUCAUUCUAGUGUAAGCGUACUCCUCCAAAUUGAAGCUCAAAGCCCCUUUGUUCUAGCUGCACAUGUGUUUUUGUGUGAUUUCGAUUUGUGGCACGUUUUUAAAGUCUCGGACGCUUAGUGUAAAUCGGGGGGUUCAUUGUGGCAAGAUGACCUCCAGCUCAUGUUGUUGUUUGUUUCCUGACAGUAAUGAUACCGGUGAAGCUUUAAAAAAGUUGAUAAAUAGGCCGGAUUGUGCAAUGAAGUAUUUUUAGAAAAAUGUUGAAAUAUUUAAAAUAUUGUUUGUCUUUUUGUUUAGUUAUUGUAAAUAUGUUGAAACCCGCGGGACUUCUCGAUGGCUUUGUACAAACCGUUGUUUCAUAUUGUAAAAAAAAUAUUAAACCGUUAGCUUGUAGCUGCGUAGUGUGCCAAGCACACCGUUAUUGUUUUUAUUUUCUGAGACGAGUUUAAUUUAUUUCAGGGAUGAGUGUAGCAACGAAGACUUUGCAGUGUAUGUUGAGUGAAAUGCACCGAUAAACGGUUCUUCGAAAU